GGAUGUCUUCACUCUUCACCCCCUUCAGUUGUGUGUCCGCUAGUGUUGUGGUUUUUUGUUUUUGUGCUGUGUGCAGCAUAUUUUGUUGUCUGAAGGAAAAAAACUAAAUCAUGUUGAAAAUUUCGUAUUGAGAAUUUUUAUCAAGUGCCUGCUGGAACCAAUAGAACAUGGACGGUGAUAUUUCGAAAAGGUUGAAAUGAGUCUGAUGGCUUUCCUAUAUUGGUAAAUUCAUAAAUGGCAGACACUUGAAAAGUUCUUUUAUUCUAUCAGUUGGUCCAAUAUUGAGUAAUAUAUAUAUAUAUAUAUAUAUAUUAUUUUACCUUCAAUAUUGUCUGCUCAAGUUUAUUCAAUGGCUGAUCAGUUAAGAGAAACAAGUACCACAACUAGUGACCAUGGAGAUAACUGGCCAAAUACAAAGCUUUCUACAGAUAAUGAUGUACCUGAUGACGUUUCAAAUGGUCAGGAGACUCAUAGUUUUGCGGAUAUCCUAAGUACAGCAUUUACCGCUACUGGACCUGUUCCAAGUCCUCCUGCAGAAGUAGAUUCAAGCAUGCAUCUAGGUAAUGAUAUGGACUAUGAUCCACUGUUUGCUGAUGGAAGUGAUUUAGAAACUGAAGAUGCACCUCAAGAAUUUUCUCCAUUGAAUUCUGAUAUUUGGCGAUAUGGAAAUACGCUUAUUGAGACUCCUUGGUCUGUGCCACGUACAGAUGAAACAUCCAGUCGAAAUGUCAAUCAUUCUGCACCUACUGCUCCGACAUCAUCAGAAAUAGGCCGCAAAAGAUCUUUAUUGUCUGGCGACAAUAAUUUACGAAUGAAAACUGGAAAACCUGAUACCAAUCGUUCAUUUAGUUAUCCUCGUCACCAAAUGGCUAAUCGAAUUUAUAGGCCACAACGUUAUAGUCAGGAUCAGGUGCCUCCUACUACUUAUACCUCUGCUGGUAACCAUGAAAGAUAUAAAUUUUCUAAUAGACCUCUUCAUACUACAACGGUUCCUAGUGAUCAUUUAGUAGCCAGUUCUUCUAAUCAAUCAAGAAUGGUUAAUCCACAAACAUCAACUAAUGAUGAAUAUACAGUUUUUGGUAUGAAUAAUAUGGCUGGGCCUCCGGGUCGUUAUAAUACUGAUAAUCGAAGUAGAACAGAAUGGCCUAACGUGAUGGAUACUGAAGAUGAUGAAGAUAGUGGUAUAGAACUAGUAACAGUUAAUAAUUAUCAAUCCAGGAAUAUAAAUCAGCUGCCAACUGUCCCACCUGUUGUUGAUUUAACUCAAGAAUCUGAAGAAGUUACAGAUCCAAUGCUUAACAAUCCUGGCAGGACACCACAAGCAGACAUACCGUUAGGCCCUGCCAUGUUUAGUCGUUAUCCAAUAAUGCAGCAACAACGACAGUAUGUUGGUCAUUCUGCAAUGAGGCCUAUGCCGGGUUACAACCAACAGUUUACUCCGAAUCCGUCCCCCUUGUAUCGUAAUGAUGUUAUUUUCAUGGACCAACCUCCUCAAGCUCCUUGUGUCCAUACAGCUCAUCCGCCACCAGGCACUCCUGGUUGGCCACCACCUUGUAGUCAGUGCCACAAUACUUCGAGAGUUGUAUUUGGAAUGGGUAGUCACAUACAUCCAGCUCACCAUCAUCAUCAUCAUCAUCAUGGGAUGAUGGCUGCACAUCCAAUGACUCCUUGUGUAUCCAACGUGCCUUUGUAUCACCAACGGUUGUGGUACAAUCAACAUAGAAUUCAAGAAAUGCAAAGAAGAAGAAUGGACAUGAUUAAUGGUGGUUCUGUACGUUCAUUGAGAACAAUUCCACCAGUAUCGUGUAUGCAAGGAUACCAGCAGCCACCUCAAGCAACACCAGUGCAUCAUGCGAUUCAUACCGUAUUGCCUUCGCCUCAACAACCAAAUGUGUUCAGCCGACCAGAAGUAAUUACUUCGCGUCGAAUCGGUCCUACUGCCGUUAUUACCUUAUCACCUCCAACUGAUGGAAUUGAACAAGUACCUCAAUCGACAUUGCAGACAGAAAUUGUGGUGCAAAGUGGUUCUUCAAGCGAUGGAGGACAUCCUCAUAUUCAUCAUUAUUACAAUUUCCAUCCUCCUGGACCACCUGGGCGUAUGCAUCAUGUACGAAUUAGUAUUGGAGCACCAUCGGGCACUAUUGUUAAUGCUACUCCGGGUCCAACAAUACCAUCUCAGCCUGGACCUGAUAUGCCUCAAAUUGGACCACUUCCUCAGCUUGGUUCUUUGCCAAUGUUAACUCGACAUCUCUCAUACCGGUUAGAAGAUUAUUUACGAUUGAUGGAACAACGUCGUUUACAUAUGAUGAACCGUGGUGCUUCCAAAGACACAAUAGAAAAGAAUACUUUUCCUCAUAAAUAUAAACGAGUUAAGAGAUCUUCAGAUGAAAUGGAAGACAAUACAGAAAAAUGUACUAUAUGUCUUUCGGACUUUGAGGAUACUGAAGAUGUUAGACGUUUACCAUGCAUGCACUUGUUUCACAUUGAGUGCAUUGACCAAUGGCUGUCAUCAAAUAAACGGUGUCCAAUAUGCCGCGUCGACAUUGAAACCAAAGAAACAAAAGAUGCAGCUGGAUCACCUUUACCAUCCGAUUCCCCGUUUUUGGUACCUACCUGACAUCAUGAUUGGGUGGUUUUACCACCCACUGAUCGCCCAGUACCACCAACUGAAUCAUGUUCUGCGUUUUCCCAAUAAUAAUUAUGAAAAUGAGAACGUUUAGCUGUCAGAGUACUUCACUGUUAAAUAUUAUCCUUUAAGAAAAAAAAAUGGUUUUUUACAACCAGAUAAAUUUGUUACCCUCGCCAUACACUUUGGGGUUGUGCGUGAUAAAUUAAAAAAAAAAUCAUAACAGCAUACGCGAGCUUUUCCAUUCAUAAUGUGAUAAUAAUUUUUUUUUUAUUUUUUACUUUUAUUUUAUUCGUUUUAGCCAUUUGCUGCAUGUUUAUGUUUUACAGGAACUUAACCUUUUUGUGUUUUUUUGUCCGUUGUGCAAUAUUCUCCUUGCCUACGUUAGUUAGCAAGAAAUUUCAUGUUUCCGAGUGCUGGAGAUUUUAAAUGUCUUUCAAUUCAAUAG